AGCCCGGAGCCGACAUAAGACGCCUGUGUGCGGGACCUGCGUGCUCACACCCCCCUGCUCAGACUCCCGCACACCCAGGACCCCCAGACCCGCACCUUGGAUUAACCUCCCCGGCUGAGACACAUCCACCAUUCCCCCUCCUCUCAGGACCGAGCAGCCCGGACCGCGGAUGCAGAGAGGAGGAGAAGAAGAAGAAGAAGAAGCGGCGGCGGCGAUGCGGCGGCUCCGCUGUUAAGUCGUCGGAACCUUCCUCCUCCUCCCUUCUUCUUCUUCCUCGCUUCUUCCUCGCGUCUUCCUGCCUCCUCUUCCUCGCUUGUUGUCGCCGGUUCCAGUCGGAGGAGGCCGCCGGGUGCAGCGGGCCCAGGAUGAAGCUCAAGCCGAACCAGACCAGGACGUACGACGGCGAGGGCUUCAAGAGGCGGGCGGCGUGUCUGUGCUUCAAGAAUGAGCGUGAGGAGGAGGUUCUGUUGGUCAGCAGCAGUCGACACCCGGAGCAGUGGAUCGUCCCCGGAGGAGGGAUGGAGCCAGAGGAGGAGCCGUGUGGUGCCGCUGUGCGAGAGGUGUUCGAGGAGGCUGGUGUGAAAGGAAAGCUCGGACGUCUGCUCGGUGUAUUCGAGCAAAACCAGGAUCGGAAACAUCGGACGUAUGUGUACGUGUUGACUGUGACAGAAACCCUGGAGGCCUGGGAGGACUCUGUCAACAUAGGCCGUAAGCGGGAGUGGUUCACCGUGGAGGAGGCCAUCAAAGUGCUGCAGAGCCACAAACCCGUCCACGCAGAAUACCUGCGGAGGCUCCAACUCAGCUGCUCCCCGACCAACGGGAACUCCAUCCUGCCCAGCCCGCAGCCCAACGACAACUUCCCCCAUUACAGCGCCACCGCCAACACGCCCUCGACAGGGAGCGUGCUGGGCUCCUCCUGCAGAUAGGACUGCACCUCCACCUCUUUUAUUUUUCGUUUUCCUGUCCAGCUUGGGCAGUUUACUGAAAGUCUGUACAGUCUUGCAUGAAUCUAAUGACUUUUCAGAGUCACGGCUCUCUUGUAUGUAUAAAUUCUAGUCUUAGCUGCAGGACAGACCAAAGCCAAUAGCCAGAGCUGUGUUAAAAGGCUCGUGUUAGAGACUCGUGUGACUGAGCAGAAGCAGGCGGAGGAGCCGGGACAGUAAAACAGUGGAAAUGGCAAAUGGAAGAAACCUUUGAUGAGCCGUCGCUGUGGAGGAAGCUGCAGACUCUGCUGGCAUGACUGAGCUGGUGAAGGAAUGCCUUACUGAAACUUUGUAUGAAUGUUGUUCUUAUUUCACUAACGCUCGUUUUUUAUUUUCUUUAGUAGAACGGAUUUGCUCUCUAGUGAAUGAAAAGGAGGGAGAUGAUCCCAGAGCAUGUCCAUGUGGGGAGGGGGGGAGACUGAAUAAUGUCUUCAUCAUCAACCAGUGAUGAUAACAACCAAAUAUCAGAUUUUACUACACAGAUAUAACUUUACAAAAAGCACCCUGAGCACUGAUGUGAUUAGAGAAUCUCCUCUUUUGAAUCUUUUAAGCCAAGUGGGAUAUUUUUUUCUCCAUUAGAUCAUUCAUUAAAUGCAUUUGUUGUUAAGUUACCUGGCCUUGAAAAUGAUUAAACCGUGUCCAAACAUUGCUUUUCAAAGCCCCAAGUGGUGGCGAUAACAUAGGAGUGAAAGUUCUCACAUGUAUCAGCAAAACGAACGUUCAUUGAUAAAAAAAGCUGUGUGUGAGUUUCUACCUCUGCAAACUGGACCCGGGUCGCGACGCUCGAUAGUUCGAUUUCCUCCGACACGACACUGCUGUGUUUGUAGUUCAACUUUACCCGAGGCCUCUGAAUCUCACGUCAGCUGACCUUGACUGAUCCAACAAACCCCGGUGUCUGCCUCAGGCCGCAUACCUUUACAUCGGCGUUUCCCACGUCGUCCAAGUGAAAGGAUUUAACGAUGCGGAGAACAUCUUUGCCUCGGCUGUUGCUGUCUGUGCUGCCUUGAUGACAAACGAGUUCCCUUCGACUGCGUUUGUACAAAAAGAGCAUUUCUUUUAAACCUUGAAUGCAAAAUAAUGCAGAUUCACUUUUGUGUCUUUCAAAAAAAAACAAUGUUUAUCAGUUUUAUUGUUUAUCACAGUGCUGGAAUGCAAUUUGGUCAGAGCGACCACCAGAUAACACGAUGUACAGUAUGAUUGUUUCUGUCUACGAUAAUUUAAGUCUACAGCUGCAGUUAAUUCAUCUUACAGUUUUUUUUUUUUAUUAAUCUAUUAGUCGGAAAAGGGUGAAGAAUGUUCAUCACCAUUUCUGCAUCCCAGUUCUCAGACCAUCACCUCAGUUUUUAUUGGUUCAUAAAUAAAAUGGUAAUGCAGCUUUCACUUAAAUCUUUUCUGUUUCUGUGUAAACAAACAGUUCCAUGAUGUCCACGUCCCGCAUAAAAGACCGCAUCAUGUUUCCUGCUGCCUCCUCACAGUCACAGAUCCUCCCUCUGAAAUAUUCUGCUGAAUGACGACUGACCACACAGAGAUUUGUAAAUAGCUUUGCAGAGAAACCUCGUGUUUUUAACCUGAAUGAAAAAUGUUCUCUUAACAUUUUCUAUAUUUUUUAAAACGAUGUACAAAUGAUGACGGGAAGACGUGCAGAAAAAGCUCACUGAUUAUUCACAGAACAAGGACGUUUGUAUCUGCAACAACGUGCCACAGGUGUAGGAUACGGAAAGUUGGUCACUUGGUGUUUUAUUGUGAAAUGGAGAUGUUGGAAUUGAUGCAUUGUUAAAACGUGAUUUGGUGUUUUUCAUGUGGUCGUCCGUAAUGAAUCAAGAGGUGAAUUCAGAAUGAACACAGCAGUAACUUUGGGUGAAAAUGUACACUUUAGGUGAGGAACUUGAUUUUUGUUAAAUAAGCAUCAGGAUCAUGAACUUUUUGCUUUGUUUUGGCCAAGCAAGUAAACAAAUCUGAGCAUUAAUGAGAAUGGAAAUAACUCUAAUAUUGUGAAGGUUUUGGUGAGAAAAUGAAAAAAACUUUUCACUUUUUCACAAAAGUUUCUCCAGACUCUUUGGUUGGAGCAGAAACCCGACACCUUCCGAGCUGCACCAACUUGUCUUGCGCUCUUUGCCCUCCACAGAAUUCACCGCUCUAUCAUCUUAUCCUUAGCUGGGAUUUGCCAAUUCAGUUAAAAUCAAUGUUAGGGUUUAUCAACGGUUAAAAAAAAACACCUUAAACCUCAAUGUGUGUGUGUGUGUGUGUGUGAUGUAUGAAUUGUGGAAAGAUGAAUGUGAAAUAUGAUGUGCCAAAUGAAAACAAUAUUAAUGGUCAGAUGGGGAAAGUUGCAUUUUUCAGACCUGUACAUCAACCCGUCUGUGAAAUAAGAUCUUCAACAUCAUUUGAGAUGAUAUGAUUGAAAUUAAAGUAUUAAGAGUAUUCUUUACCCCAUUCACAUUUUUCAUAUGAUUUAAAUCAACUUAAAUUGAAGUCACACCCUUUAAUCUUGAUGUUUUGCUGCUUUACAAAUAAGAAACACUUUCUUUCUCCUCUUGUUGAAAUGCUGUGUGACGCUGUGUUGAUCUCGUGAUGGGUUAAACAUGACAAUAUGGAGGAGAGUCCCUCAGUGUACAUGUGUUUGAAAACAGAAGUGGUUCAUGACACGACUGUUCUAUUGUGGAUUCAGACUCUUUGAAUGUUUGCCGAAACACGUUGUGAUGUCACGACAAUGUGAAUCAAAGUGAGUUACAGACACGUCACUGUUUGUUUUCGUGAAUAUUAUGCACCGAGACGAUUAAUGUGAAAAGUGAUUUCAGGAGCUGGACUGGAAAGAUUGUUUUUGAGAAAACAAAAUGCAUUAAAGGGAAAAAACAACGAA